AGUACCCCUCGCCCCUCGCCGGGAAGAACGCAGUGACUCCAGCAGCCCUGUCGGCUCUUUGGGCCCAAGGGGCGGGCGCGGCAGCCAUUGGCGGAGGCCGCUGCCUCCGGCUGUCAAUCCCGCGGCCCGGCCCCGCCCCACCGGCGGAGCGUGGCAGGACGCAGGGCCGCGGGGGCUGUCGGGACGGCUCCAAGAUGGCCGCGCGCUUGGGGUCCGCACCUGCUGGCAGCCCCGAGCCCCGUUCACUGCCACCGCUGCUGACCAGAGCCGCCGGUGGGCCCGGCGACUCCGGGGGCUGACCCCGCGGGGCGGGAGGCCGCCAUGGCGACCCUGGAAAAGCUGGCGAAGGCCUUCGAGUCCCUCAAGUCCUUCCAGCGGCCGCCACCGCCGCCGCCGCUGCCUCAGCCGUCACCGCAACCGCCGCCGCCUCAGCCCUCUCAGCCGGACCCGCGGCCUCAACCGCCACAGCCGCCCGCCCAGCCCCCUCAGCCGGCACCGCAGCCGACGCCGCCUCAGCCGGUACCGCCGCCGCCGCAGCCCUCUCAGCCGGUACCGCCGCCUCAGCCCCUUCAGCCGGUACCGCCGCCGCCUCAGCCCCCUCAGCCGGUAACGCCGCCUCAGCCGGUACCGCAGCCGCCUCAGCCCUCUCAGCCGGUACCGCCGCUUCAGCCGGUACCGCCGCCGCCUCAGCCGUCUCAGCCGCCGCCGCCGCCUCAGCCGGUACCGCCGCCGCCUCAGCCCCUUCAGCCGGCACCGCAGCCGCCGCAGCCUCAGCCCUCUCAGCCGGUACCGCCGCCUCAGCCCCUUCAGCCGGCACCGCAGCCGCCGCAGCCUCAGCCCUCUCAGCCGGUACCGCUGCCUCAGCCGGUACUGCCGCCACCUCAGCCGUCUCAGCCGCCGCCGCCUCAGCCGGUACCGCAGCCGCCGCAGCCCCCUCAGCCGGCACCGCAGCCGACGCCGCCUCAGCCGGUACCGCCGCCGCCGCAGCCCCCUCAGGCGGUAUCGCCGCCGCCUCAGCCCCCUCAGCCGGCACCGCACCCUCAACCGCCACCGCCGCCCGCCCAGCCGUGGGUCAGGAGCCGCUGCACAGACGGAAGGUUAAAAUAACAUCAAGAAAAUCACAAGCAUUUACGAUGUAAUCAGAACUACCUGAGGAUCUGUGAAACUUGGUGUGUUAUUCUGGGAGAUCAUCAGGACUUCUGGGUAUUUGGAGGUAUUGACCUAACCAGUGAAACUGCUGAUUUAUUAGAAGUUGUCCAGAAUUUUGGAAAACUGAUUAGUAGAGGCUGGAGACCGAGAAGAACUACCAUUUUUGCCGGCUGGGAUGAAGAAAAAAUCGGACUUCUGGGUUCCACAAAUGGGCUGAGCUCUGUCAUAAUGGAAACUCUGCAGCAGAAUCAGCUGUCAUCUAUCCCGUGUGGCCAAGUGCAGAGGAGAAUGUGAAAACACUCCAGGAGAGAGAGGUUGCAUAUAUCAAUGCAGACUCAUACACAGAAGGCAAUUAUACUCUCAGAGUUGACUGUAUACCCCUUCUUUUCCAGUUGGUAUAUAAACUGACAAAAGAGUGGAGGAAUCAGACAUCAUUCAUCUGGAGAAAUGCUGUUGGUUGCUGAGGGCUCAAUCCCGAACUGGAUGAUUUGAUUUAGAGACAUUUGGCCCAUUGGCUUCACCACCAAUUUGUCCAUCUCUGAGUGAAGAUGGGAAUCCUUCUAUUUUCUACAAAUGUUCUUUGGUAAACACGUGAGCCUUGUUCCACCUUUGGAGCCUUGUGUUUAUUUAACGCUUUUGGUGAAAAUCAUGACAGCCACAUAGAUUUUAAGGAGAUAUCCUGUGGGUUAUCAGCUUGUUGCAGAGGACCUCUGGCUGAAAGACAGAAAUUUUGCUUCAAGGUAUUUGAUGUUGAUGGUGACGGAGUUCUUUCUAGGGUUGAACUGAGAGACACGUGGUUGCACAUUUAGAGGUCUGGAAGGACAACCGAUGAUAUCCUGGAAUUACAUUUGGAUGUAUCCAACAUUGUAAAAGACCCAUAGAAUGCGCAUGAUACCACAAAGAGUGGCCAUCUUAACUCUAGAAGAAUAUCAGAUUUGGAGUGUGAAAAAUGUUCUUGCCAAUGAGUUUUUGAAUCUACUUUUCCAGGCUGUCUGCUGCAUGAGAAUGGGGACCUGCCUGCUUCACUCCCUGCUGUGCCCGGUAUCUGGAACCCGCCCAGCACACAGUAGGACCUCAGCGAAUGUGUGACGGGUGUGUGAUCACUGUAGGCCAAAGACAAAGUUCUUCCCAGCAGUGAUGACGUCCAGAAUCUUGGACCCGUUCUUGGAGGAGUGAACUGAGAAAUUCCUCAAGUUCACGUUGACCCUCCACAGUUUUCUGCCAGUAUCAGUGCCGCUCAAUAUGUCUCAUGAAUAUCUUCCGAGCCUAGUAUUCUGUACAGAAGUCUCCAUGCCUGUAGUUUCCAUUGCAGCAGAACAACACACAUCAAUGUGUUCGCAUCUCCCCUCAAUCCGUGAAUCCAGCUUUUCUGCCAACUUCUCUUCGUGUCUCCCUUAAAGUUGACUUCUACAGGACUGGGCAUGUGUCAAACUAACUCGGAGUCUCACCAGUAAGCUGAGGACAGGAAGAACUUCCACUUUCUGACCUUUCAGGUUCUGGAAACUGACCCGUGAACUCAGGCCGUUGGGCAGCAGCAGUAUCUGGGUCUUACACAGCUUCCCGAACAAGAGACAUAACCCAAGCUUCAGCGAGGGCGGCAGCCCCUCCGUGACACUGAUCCACCCACAGUGUUCUGCCCAGUUACCUUGGAUCCACCAGCCACAACAAGCCACGCGGGACACACCAGCAUUCCACCUGGAAUUCAACUGGUAACUGCCAUCCCCAAUGGUUGCUGCAUCUUGUCAGUGUUCAGGGAGGGGCUGCAUCAGACCAGAGUUCCCUAAGUCUACUGGAAGUGUUCAAGAAGGACUGUAUGAGUUCUCUGUAUGUUUGAUCGAAUUCCUCAGUGAAGCCUUCUGGUCGUGGACUUUUGUUUCUAGAACAUUGUAAAGCUGAUAGAAAGAAAACAAGCAGGAGGGAAUACUCCCAAACUCACUCUGUGAAGCCACCAUCAGUCUGAUACCAAAAACAGGCAAAGACACCACCAAGAAAGAGAAUUAAAGACCAAUAUCACAGAAGAACAUAGAUGCAAAAAAAUCCUCAAGGAAAUACUACCAAAUAGAAUGCAACAGCACAUAAAAAAAGACCAUACAUUAUGAUCAAGUUGGGUUCAUCCCAGGGACACAAGUGUGGUUCAACACAUACAAAUCAAUGUAAUAAUUCACAACAACAAGAGAAAGGACUAAAACCACAUCAUAAUCUCAAUAGAUGCAGAAAACACACUUAAUAAAAUUCAACGGAGAACUAUAAAACAUUGAUGAAGGAAAUUAAAGAAGUUUCUAAAAAAUGGAAAGAUACCCCAUGCUCCUGGAUUGGAAGAAUCAAUAUUGUUGAAAUGGUCAUACUGCCCAAAGCAAUCUGCAGAUUUAAUGUGAUCUCUAUCAGAUUACACAGGACUUUUUUUUUUUUAUAGAAUUUGAACAAAUAAUCUUAAAUUUAUAUGGAACCACAAAAGACCCAGAAUUGCCAAAGCAAUAAUGAAGAAAAAGAAUGAAGCUGGAGAAAUAACCCUCCCAGACUUCAGACAACACUACAGAACUACAGUCAUCAGAACAGAAUGUUAUUGACAUAAACACAGGCUUAUGGAUCAAUGGAACAGACUAGAAAGCCCAAAAAUAAACCCACAGGCCUGCAGUCAAUUAGUCUUUGACAAAGAUAGGCAAGAAAAUACAGUGAUUAAAGACAGUCUCUUCAGCAAAUGGUGUUGGGAACACCGGACAGCAGCAUGUAAAUCAAUGAAGUUAGAACAACUCCCACACGCCAUACACAAAAAUAAACUCAAAAUGGCUUAAAGAAUUAAAUAUAAGGCAAGACACUGUAAAUCUCCUAGAAGAAAACAUAGGCAAAACAUUCUCUGACAUAAAUCUUAGCAAUGUCCUCGUAGGGCAGUCCACCCAAGCAAUAGAACACCUAGACACCUGUUCAUUCCACGAUUCCACAGUGUUCAAAACAGUAAUUCACUUGUGCAGCUGGGUAAUAAGCCACAGCUGCCAGCUGCCAGACCACUGGGCUUUUCUAGAUUUCUUGUAAUGUCAAAGAAAUCCAGAAAAGUCAUUUGCUAUUUGAAGAAAUCUUUGGUAUCUCAUUUUACAGUUAAAAUUUUUUAUUCCAUUUUUCUAAAAUUCAAAACUUCUGAUUAUAUUAAUGCAUAGUCAUACAGACACACUUGUCAGGUGUACACACUACACUUUUUUCUUAUCAUUAUAAACAAAGUUCAAUUAAUCAAGAAGUUACAAUGAAUUACAAAUUAUGUCCUAGGACAUGAAGCAGAUACAAAACAUGUGAAAAAGAGCAAUCUUUAUGAUAGUUUGGAAUCUAGCUGGAGACAUAAGUACUAUGUUGUGCCAUCAAUUACUUGGUUUUGUGUUAUAUUCCAGAUAUAUAAAGGAAGUACCAAGAGAAGAAAUCUUGUGUGACUUGAAACAUGACAUAGCUUUGCACCUGAAGGACACUCAGUAAAUACUAAAUGAGGGAACAAAUGAAUUAACAAGAAAAACCAGCAUAGCUGUGCAGAUACAUAGGCUUGAGCAGGGUUUUCAACAACCAGCAACACAAAAUCUGCUCCUCGCCAAAGAAAAGCCCUCAAGUCUAAAUACACACCUGAAAUAUUUCAUUGAGUCUAAAGGCAUAUAUCUGUUUUCAUGUCUCAGCUUGUCAGAAAUUGAUGAGAUGCCAUAAUUUAAAGAGUAGCAUUUUUUCUUUCUAAUAGUUAAAAUAAAUGUGUAUCUCAAGCAUCUUAAAUUUGAUCAAACAUAUUGAUUGACUCUAAACAAAUGUUAUUGUAUGUAAUAUGAUUUCAAAAUUAAUCACUUAAUACAUGUAAAUUUAUAUACCUUAUUAUAACUUUUAUUAUACAUAACAGCUCAAAAACUUAACGAAAGCCAAUGAAAAAUUGUGAUGUCAAAUCCUGUGAGCUCUAAUUCUUAAAGUUUCAAAACAUAAAACAACAAAAUUAUAACCACUACAAACUCAUACAGCAUAUCUUAAAAUCUAGAGCAUGCAGAAUCUGCAAUGUUACUGUAAACGGUGCUGUGAGGUAAAUAACUGCAGAUACUGUAAACAAACCUGUUAUAGAAAUACGGAAGAUAUUCUUCCCAUUUUACACUAAAAGGUGGAAAGCUGGGGAAAAGAAAAUAAUUUUUGUUGCUAUAAUUUUAUCUAUAAAUAAAAGAAUAAAAUACUAACCAUCUUAACAUGUAGAAGUUUUACUGAAAAAGAAAUAGAAAGGUGUUAACUUCAUAUUAAUGAAUUUCAUAUUCAUUUAUAAAUUACUCUAAAGGAAAACUCACACUAUCAACAUAAUGCAGUAACAUAAAACAAGCAACCUGCUAUAUUUUAUUUUGACUGGGGGAGAUGCCAUUUUUUUUUAAAAAGGAAGCAAUGAAUUUGCCAAUGUCUGACUAUUAUCAGGCAGCUAGGGAAACAUUUUAUAGUCUACUGGAAAAGUGCAAACAGGCAUGAAUUAAACUGCUGACACAACCUUAGUACAGCAUCCUAGUCUAAUUAGUAUAGGAAGUUACGUCAAGGAAAGAGCUUCCCUUCCAAUUUUUUUUUUAAUCAUUAUCAGCCUCAAUAUCUGAAUAGAAAAGGAUAUGAACUAGUGAAACAUUAAUCAAUUAAGGGAAGAAUAAACCUUAAAUUUGUAGGAGAAUCUGCAUUUAUCUAUGCACCUACAGGUAUGUAUGUCUGUAUAGGAAUUUCUCAUAAGAAUUACAUAGUGAAUCUGACUUUUGCUAUGUACAGGGGUAACUAGUCACUUAGUAUUUUUAGCCUUAAGAUUCAUCACUAGAAAAUGAAAUAGCACUUGUUGAGUUUCUGCAAUAUGCCAAUCACUGUGCUAGAUGUUUUAUGUAAAUUAUCUCAAUCUCCAAAAGAAUCCUACCAGAUAAUUAGAAUUUACUUCACAUAACCAAAACUCAGUCACCUAAAUUUGAUUCUAUUGGCCAAGUCAGCCAAACUCCAAAGCCCUUUUCCUUUACUACAUGGUACUAUGUAUAUAUAAACAUGAAUGUGCACAAAUACAUUCCACUACAUGAAUCAUGACAUAGCAAUGGGACAGCUAGAGACUACUGUCUAAUUUUUUCUACAUAACACACUUCUGCAGGGAGAAUUAGUUCAAUCAUUCAUCAUUAAGUGAUGAGGUCAGUAUAAUGUGAGUCACAUUGGUCCAGAAAGAAUUAUUUCCAGCAGAGUAAUGUUUUAAACCCGUGAGGGAAGAGCUUUCUCACAGAGUCUUAGCAAUAUAUGAUGACCUUAAGGAAAACACAUGACCAUCCUGUGGAAGAGGGUGGACAGAGGCCAGUUAAUGGCUUCAAGAACUGCUAGGAUUUCUACAAUGUUAUACUAUCUGGCUGAGCUGUGAAUACAAAUAAGCCAUGAAAAUAUUUUCACAUGUUUACUUAAAAGAAAAAUAAGAGGGGAGUAUCUAAAGAAGAAAGUCUACAUCCUGGAUCAGAAUUUUUAAUUUUGACAAUUUAUCUUUAACAGAAUUGAAUGCCCUCAUGGAACUACAUUUCAAAGAAGACUAACUGAUAUUGGGUGCAAAUGUUCAGCUAUACUAGAAUUUUAUGAGAACUGUUACCAGUUUUGCUAGUACAGAGAUUACAAGGCUGCAGAGUUCUGAGUUGCUUGUCAAUAUUUUUAGGGUAUAAUUUUGCAGAACAUUAAUUUUUUUUCCAGAGACACAUAUAUUGCUUUACAAGAGAACUGCCUGUAUUAUGGUAUUGAAGAAAACCUAGUUUCACCACCAGCUUUAUUCAGACCUAGUCUAAGUUCUUCAGUAUUUGCUGUUACAGAGUAAAACCAAUCUACACUGAGAGGUUAAAUAAACUUUAUUGCUGCUAAACACUUAAGAAUUACUUUGUCAAACCAAAUCAUUGCCCAUUUUUAUUUUUACUUUAAGAAAUAAAAAGAGUUGGAGUGAAAUAUUUGAAAUAAAAAUAGAAGAUAACGUUUUAAAAUACAGAUUAUAUUAACAGAAGUAGAAUAUAUGAUCUCAAAAUUAUGCUAAAUUAAAUGUAAAUUCUAAUAUAUACUAUGUAUUAAAAAUAUUUGAGUCAGUUAAAAAAAAUUUUAAUUCCACAAGGAAGAUGACAUUCAUUACAAUAAUAAUAUAGGGUUUUUUCCUUAGAAUUAGUCUACAGACAGUAUACUUGAGAUUAUUUUCCUUAUGAAAAUGUCAAAUUAUUAAGGAGAAAACAAUAUUUACCAAUACUGGUCACAGAAAAUACACAUUACUAAGUUGGCUUCUUCAUUUAAAUCUCUCUCUGUAACGUGUCUAAGACAUCACUAAUACUUUAAGAAUGUCAAACCCUAAUCAAAUUUUAACUCUGGUAAAGUAAGUUACUAAAAGUUAUCAAUAUUGAAAGUUAUUAAAUUUCCACUGUGAUAAACAAAAUAAGAAUCAAAAUUGAACAGUCCUACAUAAAAUAAAAUGUUUAUUUAACAACUAGAGCUUACACUGCUCAGUAAGUGUUUUACUCUCCUCAUCGAGAUAAUUGAAGAUUUCAGAGCUAGGCUUCUGUCAAUUUGCUACCUCUCAAUCUAGAAGGCUUUUGUUUCUUGAUUCCUCUUUCCUUCCUUCCUGUCUGUGAAGAAAAGGGUGAUCCCUAUCAUUCCCAAGACUGAUAUCAGUCCUUUUGAUUUUGUCUACCCCAUAUCUCCUCCAGAAACUUGUUCUUUUAAUCAUCUCCCUCCUGCUUAAAAGUUCAAUUGCUUUAAUCUCAUUUGUCUCUCUUUCCAUGAACAUUAUUCUUCCUAAGUUUAAGAGAUAAUGUUGUUCCAUGAAACUUGCCUGUGUUUUGUGUAUUCAGAUACCCUGCUGUAAAAUGUACCUCUUACUAUGACUCACAGUUAAAAAAAAUAAAGCUUGAAAGUUACUAAACUAA